AUGUUAUUAUACAACGGCCAGUCAACAGCUGAAUCUCACUUUCAUUUGUACCAGAGUGUGAAAAGAGCAAGACAAGAAAUGUUCAACCUUUUGGUGAACGGUGAAGAAAAGACAAGUCCUGGAGAUCAGAGAAAUUUUCAUUAUCAAAAAGAGAGUUUACCCAUAAUUUCUUUUGGUAAUGAAAUGUUCGAUGAGUACCGUACUUUGAAGUAUCAAAAUAUUGCUAAUAUUAAAUGUGUUACUCAUUUGCACAGUGUCCUCGAUUGCACAAGUUGUGGAAUGAUAUGUCAACGUGAUGUCAAUGCGACAAAAAACAUCUUUGAGAUUUCUCAAGACAUCCUUGGUGGUCGUGGUCGUCCUUGA